UCUCCGGACAGACCUGUGUAAAACAACCGGACAAAGAUGCUGUGCAGACGGUCACUGCAGUCAGUCGCUCCACUGGCACGGAGCGCUUUAAAACCAGCCUGCAGGAACGCAGUUCCUGUGCGUCACAUGGCUUAUGGAAUUCCUAGUGGCUCUUCCAACAGGAAGUACUUCCUCCUGUGCGGGGGCCUGACUGCUGCAGUGGUCUACGCUUACAAGUCAGUCAAUGGUGAGAGUGAACGUCCAGAGGACCAACCCAUCAGCACUGACUCGCCAUCAAAAGUCCCAGAGGAAACACCUGCAGCUGCUCCUGUACCUGAACCUGCUCCAGUGGAAGAGACACCAGUUGCAGUAGAAGCUCCAGCAAAAGAAGCUCCAGCAGAAGAAGCUCCGGCAGUAGAGGCUCCAGCAGAAGAAGCUCCAGCAGAAGAAGCUCCAGCAGUAGAGGCUCCAGCAGAAGAAGCUCCAGCAGUUGAAGCUCCAGCAGUAGAGGCUCCAGCAGAAGAAGCUCCAGCAGUUGAAGCUCCAGCAGUAGAGGCUCCAGCAGGCAGUUGA